CAAGGGGGUCUCCUCCAAUAGCAACCUUGAACACAUGGCCUCAGCUAUCAACUUGUCUUGAGUCUUGAUUAUCGUCAUCUUGCUGAAAUGUCCUUUUCACCCAUAAUAUCUCCGCCUUGAAUUUUCACUGCUUCAAAAUGCGGCAAUCUCAGGCCUUGAUGCUUUUGGGCAUCAUCGCCCAGAAUGGGAUUGCCAAAGCUUCUUCAUUACCGAGAGGCGUUGGUCCUGAAUUUGCCAAAUUUUACGAGAUCAAAGAGACCUUCGCCUGCAUAGCUCAUCCCUCCGUCGUUAUCAAGGCCUCGCAAGUCAAUGAUAACACUUGCGACUGUCCUGACGGUUCAGAUGAACCAGGCACCGCUGCCUGCGCCAUUCUCGACAGAGCAUCGCCUAUACAACCCCUUCCUGCGUCUCUGUCAGGAACCACCAACACAACAAACGCCUUGCCCGGCUUCUGGUGCGAUAAUCAAGGUCACAUUGGCGCCUAUGUGCCUUUCAUGUUUGUCAAUGACGGUGUCUGCGACUAUGACCUGUGCUGCGAUGGUAGCGAGGAGUAUGGACGGGCUGGUGGUGUGAAGUGCGAGAAUAGGUGUGCAGAAAUUGGCAAAGAGUGGCGACGCAUUGAGAAAGAGCGCACUGAAAACCUCGAGCGGGCAAACAAGAAGCGCCGAACCAUGAUCAAAGAGGCUAAGGAGCUCCGACGUCAGGUAGAAGCCCGUGUUACCAAGCUCGAAGGCGAGAUCAGAGACCUGGAGAAGAAAGAGGCUGAGCUGAAGACUAAGUUCGAGGAGGUUGAACGGUCAGAGCGUGGCAAGGUCGUGCGAAACGAGGGUCCGGGUAAACUUGGCGUGCUAGCGGGUCUGGCUAAGGCAAGAAUCAACGAGCUUCGAGACGCCUUGUCCGACGUCGUGGAUGAACGCCAGCAUCUUCAAGGCAAAGUGGCCGAACUGGAGGGUAUCUUGUCUGCCUUCAAGGAAGAGUACAACCCCAAUUUCAACGAUGAGGGUGUCAAGAAGGCUGUUAGGUCCUGGGAAGACUAUGCGGCUCGAAAAGUAGAGGAAGCGGCGGAGGAACUCGAUCUCGAGGAAGUGAUGAAGGAGGAUAGCGAGACCUCUGGGAUCAAUUGGAAUGAGUUUGAAGAUGAGGGAGCUACCGACACUGACAUAUUGUACAGUUUUGAGGCUUAUCUUCCUGGACCUCUCCGAGAUUUCCUACACGGGAAAAUCACCAACUUACGGGUAUGGCUGAUUGAAAAUGGCAUGCUGGCCGACACUAUAUCAAAAGAAGGAGAGUCGCAGCUAGUUAAGGCAGCUCGGGAAGCCCAUGACGCCGCAGCCAGGGAUGUACAAACUAAGCGGAAUUCCUUGAACGAUGAGAAGCAGAAUCUUGAGAAGGACUUCGGCACCGACGACAUCUUCCGAGUUCUCAAUGGCAAAUGUACGUCAGUUGAAGCCGGCGAGUACGAGUAUGAGCUGUGCUGGAUGACGCAGACGACGCAGAAGAGCAAGAAGGGCGGCUCACGCACGAACAUGGGCAAUUUCGACAAGAUCACUUUCAAGGAAUCGGACGAAGAAGAGCGCCAUGACGGCAAGGGCCUCGGCCGUGGAAAGCGCAUGGUCCUUGAGUACACCGGCGGUCAACACUGCUGGAACGGUCCUGCCCGCAGCACGAACGUAUGGCUCGCGUGCGCCGAGACUGAGGAGCUAUGGCGGGUGAGCGAGCAGGAGAAAUGCGUGUACAAAAUGGAAGUCGGUACGCCGGCGGCAUGUGAGGCGCCUGCCAAGCCGGGUCAUGUGAAGGAUGAGUUGUGAUAAGUCUGGCAUAAAGAUCCAUACAUACGGCUAGUCCGAGGCAGGACUCGAGUUGCUACAUUGGCGAUGCAAUGGAUAUACUUCAUUGAAAUGUGGUUGGCAACUGUACAGAGAGGCAUGGAUUCGGCGCAGCUAAAACUUAGAGAGCGGAUGACUUAUUAUAUGAAUACAAUCU